GCUGGCCGGCGCCAGCUCGGUACCUAACGGUCUCCUCCUCCGAUCUCGAAAGAGCGACAAUGAUGCCAGCAUAUCUUUGUGCACCAACCUCGACGACGGCUACUACCGGUAUCAGAACAAAACAGGUGCUGCAAUACGAGUAGAACAUUGAACGGAUCAACUCAAGCAGAACAGCAUUGUCUUGACCACAUCCAGUCCAGCCACUCCAGCCAGACUCAACUAGCUAGUCCAACUCAAGUUAGUUAGUUGCACAUCCUCCAUUGUUUAUAACAUUAUUCAACCAUGGCGACUGGAGGAGUGAAUUUAUCCAAGGAGUUCUUUGAACUGCUCAAGGCGAUCGGUGAAUCCAAAUCGAAACAAGAAGAAGACCGCAUCAUUGCCAAGGAAGUAGUCCGCUUGAAACAAAAACUGGAGACUCCCCAGAGCGGCGGCAUGGGCUCUCCCGCCGCCACCAAUCAACUCUUGACGAGCAAGAAACGCGCCAAGGAAUUCCUGGUUCGCCUCUUGUACGUGGAAAUGCUGGGUCACGAUGGAUCGUUUGGAUACAUCAAAGCAGUGGAAAUGGCCGCAUCCUCCUCUCUCUUUCACAAACGUACCGGCUACUUGGUCUGCAGUGCCUGUUUGAGUCCGGAGCAUGAAUUCCGAUUCAUGCUCGUCAAUCAGAUGCAACGCGAUUUACAAUCGUCCAAUGUCUUGGAAAUUUGUGGAGGAGUCCUGGCCGCCACGGCGUUGAUUACCGAAGACAUGGUCCCCGCCGUGAGUGGAGAAGUCAUGAAACUCAUUGCACACGACAGUGACACGGUUCGCAAAAAGGUUAUCAUUGCAUUGCAUCGAUUCCAUCAAUUGGCACCGGAAACUGUCACGCGAGAAGAUCUUGUGGAAAAAUUACGCAAAGUCCUCUGUGAUCGAGAUCCAUCCGUCAUGGGAUCUAGUUUGAAUGUCAUUGAAGCAUUGGCCGCUGAAGAUGCCACGGUCUUUAAAGAUUUGAUUCCAUCUCUUGUGAGUAUUUUGAAACAAAUUGGGGAACACCGAUUGCCAUCCGAUUAUGAUUAUCAUCGAGUACCGGCUCCCUGGAUUCAAAUGAAAAUUGUCCGCAUUUUGGGCAUUGUCGGAAAAGCCGACGCGGCCGCCAGUUCGGGCAUGUACGAGAUUUUGAUGGAUUGCAUGACCAAGGCCGAUGUCGGUGUCAAUGCCGGAUAUGCCGUCGUCUACGAAUGCGUCAAAACCAUUGCCACAAUAUACCCCAAUCCAAAACUAUUGGAUGCGGCAGGAGAAGCCAUUUCCAGAUUUAUUCGUAGUCGAUCCCACAAUCUCAAAUAUCUCGGUGUGACUGGAUUGGCCAUGAUUGUCGAAGGAAAUCCACAAUACGCCGCACAGCAUCAAUUGGUCGUUAUGGAUUGUUUGGAAGAUCCAGAUGAAACAUUGCAACGCAAGACACUGGAUCUCUUGUAUCGAAUGACCAACCCUGUCAAUGUCGAAUUCAUUACCGAGCGUAUCUUGGAAUUCUUGCGCGGAUCCACCGAUCUCUUUUUGAAAAAUGUACUCACGAAACGAGUCUGCUCCGUGGCGGAACGGUAUGCACCCAACAAUGCAUGGUACAUUCGAACCAUUACACAGCUAUUUGAGGUUUCGGGAGACAUGGUCAAACAGGAAGUGGCGCAAAACUUGAUGACACUGAUUGCCGAGGGAACCGGAGAUAGCGAAGAAGCGGAUAUGCUGCUGCGACAAAAUGCUGUGGAACUCUACGUUGGAUUGCUACGUGACAAACCGGGAACGGCAACCAAGUUGCCGCGGAUCCUGCUGGAAACCAUUGCCUGGGUUCUUGGUGAAUAUGGCUAUCUGUCGGCGGUUUGUACUUUGGACGAUGUCUUGAAGGAGCUUUGUGCCUUGGCAUCGGUAAAGGCGCGACUUCCCAACAGCACGCGCAAGUUUAUGCUCAGUGCCGUUUUCAAACUCGUCUCGCAAGCUGGCACUUGUCCUCCUCACGCUGCAACCGUCAUUGACGAGUACACUCGUUCCAAGGACACGGAUCUGCAGCAACGAUGCUUGGAAUUUCAAACCUUGCUCACGACGGCACCACAAAUUCUGAGCCAAGUCUUCCCCGUCGAUGCCAGUGCCGAGGAUCUUGCCGUCGACCCAAAUCUCUCCUUUUUGAACGGGUAUGUUCAACAAGCCAUUGCCAACGGUGCUCGGCCCUACGAAAAACCCGAAGACGAUGAUGACGACGAUGAUUUCAUGGACGAAUCGGCAACCAACAAGGGUUCUGGAUUCAAAAUGACUCCCUACGAGAAACCCCAAACACCUGCUGCUGCCAUGGCAGCAAUGCGUGGCAUGGGAGGGGCCACCCCCAGCAUGCCAGGAGUUUCUCUCCCCCCAGGUGCGGGAUAUGGAGCCAGCACUGCACCCGUCCAGGCCAACACUGGAGCCCCAGGAGCUGUGCAACUCAACACGCGCAACGUGGCCAAUGUAUGGGGCAAACCCCAGGCUGCGGCGGCAGCCCCUGCUCCGCCGCCUCCGGCUGCCACCAGCAACGCCUUUGCAUCCCCAGGCGCCAGCUCCUUUGGUGCCAGUAGUACCGGCACCAAUCCCUACUUGGCCGCGGCAGGAAUGAGUUCGGCUCCUGCUCCUCCGCCCGAGCCACCCAAGACUGCCGAACAAUUGGAAAAAGAGAGGAAAGCAGCUGCGCUCUUUGGUGGCAUGAUUCCAGGUGCCGCUCCGCCACCACCUGCACCGGCCUCUGCCAUGUCAGCGGCAGCCGCAAGAGCAGCAGCUUCGGGCGCCACUCCUGUAGCUGCACCGGCUCCUCCUCCGCCACCUGCGCCCGCUCCAGCUGUAGAGAUUGAUCUUUUGGACAUGUCCGCGUGGGAUACUCCGGCUCCUGCGCCGCCACCAGCUGCAGCAGGGAUUGACAUUUUUGCGGCUGCUCCGUUGCCUGCGGCUGCUCCUGCGGCACCGCCACAGGUAGAAACUGUGUCAGAUGACGAGGAGGAAGCACCGGCUGGUGGUCUGGCAGCACCUGCUGCGCCAGCACCUGUCCCACCACCCAACCCAAUCGACAACCUAGAUCCAUUUGCUGCGGAGGGAUUGUUGGGUGACGUUCAGGAUGCCCCCUUGGCGUCACUUUCCAUGGGCACUCAAAAAUUCGAGUUCAAUGGUGUGCCCCUGGGCCCACUCGAAAUCACCACAGCUCAGUUUGGACAGCAGUGGGGAAGUUGCCCGGCGGUAGCUCCAUUGGAAGUGCAAUCGUCAAAGGUCACAACACUCAAUGCAUUCAUGGACGUCUGCUCCAAUGUUGGUGCCUACAAGGUAGAAUCCAUUGUGUCUACCAAUGAAGGAAUCUGCGCUGGCAUGAUUGGUGGAACACAUGUAGUUCUCAUUCACGGUAAGGUGAGCCCCGGAGGCAUGGGUGCCAAGCUAAAUGUGACUGUCAAGAGUACAGAUCCUUCGGUGACAGGGCCUUUGGCGAUGUACAUGCAAACACUGCUUCGUUAGAGAAUUCAAGUAGAAGAAUACAAUAAGACAGCACAAGAAACAAAAAUUUUAUUUAAAACAGGGCAUUGAUUACU